GGGCGCGGGAGCCGGCGGACGCGGUCAGAGUGCAGGGCUGGGUCCGCUCUGUCCGAUCCCAGAAGGAAGUUUUGUUCCUGCACAUAAAUGAUGGCAGUUCUCUGGAAAGCCUCCAGGUGGUUGCUGAUCCCAGCCUGGAAAAGAGAGACCUGACUUUCGGAAGUGCAGUGGAAGUGCAGGGGAAGCUUGUCAAAAGUCCUCAUAGGAUGCAAAACAUGGAGCUGCAAGCUGAAACAAUUCAUGUGGUGGGACCUUGUGAUAUUUGGUCAUUUCCCCUGAAAAUGAAGGAGAGGCACCCGCUGGAGUAUGUCCGACAGUUCCCUCACCUGCGAUGCAGGAGCAACACGCUGGGCGCCCUCCUGCGAAUCCGCAGUGAAGCCACUGCAGCCAUCCACUCCUUCUUCCAGGAUAAUGGGUAUGUGCAUAUUCAUACCCCCAUAAUUACAUCCAAUGACUGUGAAGGUGCUGGGGAACUCUUUCAAAUUGAGACAUCAAGAGAGGCAAAGGAGUCUGCAGAAAAGACCCAAUUCUUCAAUGUGCCUGCCUUCCUGACAGUUUCUGGCCAGCUACAUUUGGAAGUAAUGGCAGGGGCUUUUACUCACGUGUUCACCUUUGGCCCGACGUUCCGAGCAGAAAACUCACAGAGUCGCCGGCACCUGGCGGAGUUCUACAUGGUGGAGGCUGAGCUGUCCUUCACUGAAAGCCUUCAGGACAUCAUGCAGGUUAUGGAAGAUCUUUUCAAGACAGUGACGAGCACUGUGCUCUCCAGAUGUCCUCGUGAUGUUGAGCUUUUUCAUAAAUACAUAGCUCCUGAACAGAAGGGCAGGUUGGAACAAAUACUGAAGCACAAAUUUAUGAUAAUUUCCUACAGUGAAGCAGUGGAAAUUUUGAAGCAAGCUCCUCAAACUUUCACUUUCAAGCCAGAGUGGGGCUGUGACCUCCAGACGGAACAUGAGAAGUACCUGGUGAAGCACUGUGGGGAGGUUCCAGUGUUUGUGGUUAACUACCCAUACGACCUCAAACCUUUCUACAUGCGGGACAAUGAUGACGGACCUCAACACACAGUUGCAGCUGUUGAUCUCCUUGUACCAGGAGUAGGGGAGCUGUGUGGAGGCAGCUUGAGAGAGGAGCGACUGCCCUUCCUCGAAUCACGCUUACAGAGAUUAGGACUCACAGAUGCCUAUCAAUGGUAUCUAGACCUCCGAAAAUUUGGAUCUGUUCCUCAUGGAGGCUUCGGAAUGGGGUUUGAACGCUACCUGCAGUACAUCUUGGGAGUUGACAAUAUCAAAGAUGUUAUUCCUUUCCCCAGGUUUUCUCACUCCUGUCUCCUGUAGCUCAGCAGUUGACUCAUGUGGAGAAAACCGCUGGUGUAAUUAUGUGUAUAUAACAUACCAGGAUAUGACCGAGUGUGUUUUAGUGGGAAAUCAAGAUCAUUUUUUACAUCAGUGAAACUUUUGGUCAGUUUAAUACUGGGUUAUUGAAAAUAAUAUAUGUUCUGGUAAAAUUAUGGAAGGACACUGGCAAUUAAUUUGAUAGCAUCUCAUGCCUUUAGUGCACUUCAGGAGUAUUAAUAAAUCCCACUUAACUAAAGGGUUACGAUUCUCAUGAGACUAGUACAAGCCAUGGAAGUACUGAACAAGCACUGAAGGUAGCAGGGGGUUUUAUGUGAAAUAUUAAUAAGGAAGUGUGACCUAAAAUAUUGUCAUGGCUGUGAUACACUUGUUACUGCUACAGUCAGGAAAUAGCUACUGUAAAGCAUGAUUCUCCCCACUCUGUUUUAAAAGCAAAUACUGUUUACCUUGGAAAAAUCAGCCAGACCUAGCAAGACAAUGUCAUAUUGGAAUUGCUGGAGUGAGUUUGUUGAAUGAUGUUUGAUUUUGUGAAUCAUCAAUAAAGAUGUACACUGGGUUGUUUAUAA